UCAAAGUCAUCUGUGCUGUGAUGUGUUGCGCGAAGUUAGGAAAAAGGAAAAAUUAGAACGCAAGUUAUUUUUAUAAAAUUACAAAUUGUCCUACUGUAACUUUAGUGCAAAAGUGUUUAAAUUCAUUUGCUAUGGACGAUAUAGUUUUUAUCGGUGACUGGGUAAAAGACAGGGUUUUGGGAUCGGGAAGUUUUGGAAUUGUGGUCUUAUGGAAACAUAAACAGACUGAGGAAAAACUUGCUAUAAAAACUUGUAAAUGGGGCCCCGAGUUGACCGCAAAACACAAAGAAAGAUGGACCAAAGAGGUAGAGAUGUUGCAAUGCUGCAACAAUCCGAAUAUAGUCGGAACGAAAAAUUUACCGCCAGAAUUUCUUGUAGGCUUAGAGCGGGCUAAUCCAUCGAAAUUGCCGAUCCUUUGUAUGGAAUACUGCAGUGGAGGUGAUUUACGACAAGUUUUGAAUAAUCCCGACGCUUGUGGCGGCUUAAAGGAGUUCCAAGUGCGACAAAUUCUAAGCGAUAUAAGAAACGCAAUGCAAUUUUUGCACACGAACAAAAUUACGCAUCGUGACCUAAAACCUGAGAAUAUAGUACUGCAUAUAUUGGAUAAUUCAAAUAAUAACCUAGGGCAGAAGAAAAUUGCUUAUAAACUUAUAGAUUUAGGAUAUGCCAAAGAAAUAGAUUCAAACUCUGUAUGUGCUAGUUUUGUUGGUACAUUGCAAUAUCUUGCACCGGAAAUUUUCUAUAGUAAGACAUAUAGCAACUCUGUGGAUUUUUGGUCAUUCGGUCUUCUUGCUUUUGAGAUUAUAUGUGGAGUUAGACCAUUUCUUCCAUACUUGGCACCAGUCCAAUGGAUGCCCCAUGUUAAGAAAAAAUCCCAUGAACAUAUAUGUGUGUAUGAAACAUUUCAUGAGGAUAUAGAGUAUUCAAAUGAAAUAUUUUCAGAAAAUCACAUAUCAAAACCAUUAAAAACAUUAAUGGAAAAAUGGUUGCAAGUUGCGUUAGAGUGGGAUCCUAGACUACGAGGCAGGGAUGCACCUUCAAAAGUUACAUUUAAUAUACCAUCCGAGGAAAAGGAAGCUGCCAGUAAAGUUGUCAUAUUUGAUCUACUUGAGGCUAUAUUAGCUAAGAAAAUUAUUCAUAUAUUCUCUGUGACAACACUAUCAAAUCUAGCUUAUGAAAUAAAUGACUCCACAAAUGUAGAAAAUCUAAAAGCUUGGAUUAGUGUGGAUACGAAAAUUCCUGCUGGAGAACUUACAAUAAUUUCAACCACAACAUACAUUGAACUUGAAAAUAAUGACCAAGUAGCUAAAUACUGGAAUGACAGUGCAACUCCUAUGUUAUAUGCAUAUGGAAAAAAAACAAUUAUUGAUGAUAAUAUUGAACCUGUAGUACCAAUUACUGUUAAAAGAUGCCUUGAACAUCCUAAAGCUCUGUACAAUUACAAAAACAGCCAAAACUUAUACAGAAAUGGGCUUUAUUUCAUUCUUUCUCAAUUGAAAAUGUAUGACAGUCUUAUAAAUGGAUUGUUCGCUAGGGCUGAAUCUCUAAAACAUAAAAGUAAACAGCUUCUUGUGAAACAUAACUCUGUAGAUAAAGCCUUAGGGAAGCUUCUUGCACAGAAAGAGAUUAUUAUAAAGAUGACUGAAGUUGGAGCGAAACAUGUGGAGCAUUUGAAAGAGAACAGCAUCGGUACUAAUUUCCUAGGCGGUUUUGAGAAAAUAUUCAAAGAUGUCAACGAUCAGUCGGAGAAAAGUGACAAAUUAGAGACUGCUUGGGCACAAAUAUCAGUUAGAUUGCAGUCUGCUGUCAGAAGAAGUAACGAAGCAACUUCUGCUGAUCUUAACAACUUUGUUUCGAAAUAUAACUUCACAACUAUAGUUACUAACGCUAUGCGUGCAUACAAUGCAUUUAAAAAGAGUGAAUUUUACAGUGAGAAUCGAGCAAAAGAUAAUAAAAGUCAACACUAUAAUGUUUCUGAUAUAGUACGAGCAUCUUAUGACUGUCUUAAACUAAGAAGUAAAAUACUUAUAGAAAUGCAGAAUCAUUCUUUUAUUCUUAAAUUAAAAGAUAUCUCUUUGGAGUUGUCUAAAAUUGACGAUGUUAUAACAAAUGCGGCUGAGAAUGCGGACAAAAUAUCCUUUGGUUUAACAACUUUGACGGAUGAUUUGACCUCUUGUAUGUGGUCUACGAUCAGUCUUGUUGUAAGAGAUGCAGGAGAUAUAUCUGAUCUACCUUAUAGUGUGGUUUCUUUCCAAAAAAGAGAUUUUAAAAUCGGAGCACCUGUGUCGAGUCAUUAUAUCCCUCAUAGAGAGGAUUCACAGCUUAAAUCUCUUAUUCAAGAAAGUUUGAAGAUAAGAAAAAAUCAUGCAAGUCUUUGCGAAAGAUUAAACUCGCAGAAUUCGUCCUUACAAAAAUCCACUUUUGAUUUUAGCUUCUUAAAUGAAGAUAGUGUUUGAAAAAACUUAAAUACCCAAAGAAUUUAAAAUGUGCCUUACAUUAGUAUUUAAGAGAUAUGCAUUUGUUUUUAAAUUGUCAAAUUUAAUGUACUUUUUUAUGUUUUUUUGUUUCUUGUGUGCAGUUUAUUUCUAGUCAUUGGAAG